AUGGCUGUCACAGAGAAGAGGGGGAUUGACCAAAGUAUCUCUUCUAAUUUGUGGCCCUCUUUUGUCCUAGGUUCCCAGGAUCCCGGGAAAGUGAUCCACAUCAACAAAGUCAGCCAUCAACCAGUGCGGGUUGGGCUGGCAGAACCGGUGUCCCUGCCGUGCCUGUUUCUCUUGCAAGGCUCCGUCCCCCUGAACCCCAGUGAACUGUCUGAUCUCCCCCGUAUCAAGUGGAGCAAAGUACAGUCUGCCACUGGACAGCCGGAAGAUCUCCCUGUGCUGGUAGCCAAGGAUAAUGUGGUGAAGAUCUCCAAAAACUACGAGGGCAGGGUCGCCUUGCCCGGAUACCCUCACCAUCGAGAAAAUGCCACCCUCUUGUUUCUGUCAGCUCGGGCCAGUGAUGCGGGACUUUAUCGAUGUGAGAUUGUCAUUGGGAUUCAUGAUGAGCAGGACUUGGUCCCUCUGGAAGUCACAGGUGUGGUUUUCCACUACCGCGCGGCUAGCAACCGCUACGCUUUGACUUUCCCAGAGGCGCAGAAGGCCUGUGAAGAGAACUCGGCUGUCGUUGCAUCUCCUGCUCAUCUGGAGGUGGCCUUUGAGGAUGGCUAUGACAACUGUGAUGCCGGAUGGCUCUCCGACCACACUGUUAGGUAUCCCAUCACCCUGUCAAGACCUGGUUGCUAUGGAGAUCGCAACAGCCUCCCAGGAGUCCGCAGCUAUGGCAAGAGAGAUGACAGCGAAGCAUACGAUGUCUACUGCUACUCCAGAGAACUCCAAGGAAAAGUGUUUUAUGCAACCAGCCCGGGCCGGCUGACAUUUCAAAUGGCCCAGAAGCAUUGCCUGAGUCGAGGGGCUCAGCUAGCAACCACGGGGCAGUUAUACCUCGCCUGGCAGGAAGGUCUGGACCAGUGUGACCCAGGGUGGCUGGCUGAUGGAAGUGUGCGCUACCCAAUCCAAACCCCACGGAAGAAAUGUGGCGGAGAUGAACCUGGUGUAAGGACAACCUACCAAUUCUCAAACCGGACUGGCUUCCCAGAUCCGGCAUCCAAAUUUGAUGCUUACUGCUACAAAGGGCAUCAGUUGGCCAAGAUACUGGACAGGGCAGCCUUUGUAGAGGGAUCUGUCCAUCAGGCCAUGGACCCAUAUUCGGAGGGAAGCCACGAAUCAGGAAUGGAGAACAUCUUGGUGGAGCAGGAUCCUGACCUGUCCUUUUUGAGCCAGAACGAGCUAUUCCCCAGGGAAAACGAGGAAGCUAUCAUGUCAGCAGAUUCCAAAGAAUCAGCCAAGGACCUUUACGGCCCCUUACACAAAAUGGCGGUGCCGUUACUGGAAGAAGAUGAGCAGCUCCAGAUGGUAACAGCUUUCCCAGUCAGAAGAGACAGCGUGGAAGAGAGCUCCAUGGUACCCAAUAUCUCUUUUCUAAAUGGAGAAGUAAGGGGGGCUGUCACAGAACCCUCGGUAGAUGUUCUUCACGAUGGCAAAUUAUUCACCGUAGUUGAUGAUGCUGAUACGAUGAAUGUCACGGAAGAGUCACUGAGCAUGGUUUCGAUGUUGGGCAAGACGUCUUUGGAGGGAGACGCUGAGGAUGGCAACUCACCAGGUGCAGACCUUCAUCUGGUCACUCCAACCUGGUUGCAGGGAAACACCGAGGGUUUAUUCCCACAGAAUGCUGCCUCUCCGCAACCAUCUCAAGUUCCAAUCCUAAAGGACCGUCCAACCAUUCCCUUCCUAAUUCCGUCCCCCACUUCUUCAAAAGAUCCCACCGCUGCCACUGGGGCAACACCAGCUUCAGCUGGCAUCCCUGAAUCGAAUCAGAACGUUUACACGGGACUGAACGGGCGGUACUUCCAGGCACAGUGGAAAGAGGAGCUGGGAAAGACUGAUGGGAACCCAGAGGGUAGCACCAUGCUGCCCACUACGUUGACCGCCUUGGCCUUGGGAGGGCAUGAAAUGGCAGACAAUGCCAUUGAGAUGUCAGCUGGCAUGGUCCCGAGUCCUUCCUCGGCUCUUGGGGGAGAUAUAAGCUACUCGCUGUCCAACGAAGUUGAUGAAAACAGGUUGCCGUUACUUGAGAAUCGAGGCCCCAAGGAAACCACCUUUUCUCCUGCGUCAACACCUCAUUCUUUGGAAGACGUGAGUGCCGAAAGAACCAACCAAGGAUAUUGGACCAUGACUGGGCCAAGAAGCCAGGAGAAGGACGUAUACAAUGAGCGCAUUCCCAUAUCAUUGCCGGUCUCGGAUAAUGUUCUACUUGAUCUGCAGAAAGUUGCUGUGACUACAGGAUAUGAUCCAGAAGAUGCUUCCGUGGGGACCAGCAUGCGAAGCGACUAUCUUCAAGGGGUGGCCCAAGCUGGAGACCAUGAAGAUGAAUUUUCUGGCCAUGGACAGGCGGUUACCCCAGCAGAAUCCCUUCUGUCCUCUGACCACCGGAGAAACAAGCCACACGUUGAUGAGUCAAGUGGAGAGUAUGAUUACAGCUCCCGAGAAAGUCACAUCAAGACAAUGAGCUUUGGCGAAGAGCUUCCAGGACCUGUUUUUGAGGGCCACCAAAACUUUCCAGAGGAUGCUGAAGAAGAAAUGGAGCCGGAAACGCUCCAUUUUGUUAACCAAGAGGAGACAAUGAGUCUCCUCAAUAUCGCAGGAAAGGACGCCAUCUCGGAACAGAGCAGCCAACAUUCAGAAGCGGCGUCUGAACUGAGGGGACAAGAAGCUGUGACCCUCUCCCCAAAAGACGUCAUCUCCCCAACUCCAGGAAAUGUGUAUUUGCAGGAAUCUCAAUUCCUCCCUGAGAAAACUGAGGCAUGGUUGGUGGACCACGACAAUCAAGAUAGCGUGGAGACCACCAGAGCAAACAAAGCAAUCCUGAGGCCUCCAGAUGGUUCCACUUUCAUGGAAGUCAUAGAUAUUUCUGAGGCACAAGGUAGCUGGGAACAGGCUACUCAAAGCAUGGAGAGCCACCUAGAAUCCAGCAUGGUAGAGCAAAUUCACCACAAAAGCUCGGAGGAAGACAAUGGUGGCUACUAUUGGCCAGGUGGUGCCACUACAGGACCUCCAGCUCACAAUCACACCAUCUUCUUUUCUUCUUCUCAAUCCCUUCCGGAUGAGGCCGAGAACGGAGAGGAGACCACAGCCUUGAGUUUGCCUGAGAUGAGGACUCCAUUCAUACUCCACAGUACCUCAGAGUUUAUACGCUUACCGCAGCCAGCUGCCUUUGAAAACUCGCUUGUGGUUCCAAGCUCACAACCUUCCAUCUAUCCCACCGAGAGAGAGGUGGAAGCCAAGAUGGACCAGGAAGGGUACAUCCCUUCUGUCCCUGGAGACUUCCUCCCAAUGGAGACCGACAGUGGGAGCGGAGAAGAGAAAGAAGAUGCACCACCACUCAAAGGAAUCCCCCGUCUGGUUUGGGCCCAGGAGAUGAAUGACAGCUUGCUUGCCGAAACUGACCCUUGCGAUAACGAUCCAUGUUUGCACGGAGGCACCUGCCAGUCGAGUGGAAACCUUUCCAGCUGCCACUGCCUGCCAGGAUUCACAGGCGAAAACUGUGAAAUAGAUAUUGAUGACUGCUUAUCUAACCCUUGUCAAAAUGGUGGGACCUGCAUUGACGAGAUCAACGCCUUUGUCUGCCUGUGCUUGCCCAGCUACGGAGGGAGCUUAUGCAACCGAGACACAGAAGGCUGCGAUCACACAUGGCGUAAGUUCCAGGGUCACUGCUAUCGCUACUUUGCCCAUCGGCGCGCAUGGGAAGACGCGGAGAGGGAUUGCCGACGUCGGUCAGGACACCUCACCAGCAUUCAUUCCUGGGAAGAACAUAACUUCAUUAGCAGUUUUGGCCACGAGAACACUUGGAUCGGCCUCAACGAUCGCAUCGUGGAACAGGAUUUCCAGUGGACGGACAAUACCGGAUUGCAAUACGAGAAUUGGCGUGAAAACCAGCCAGAUAAUUUCUUUGCCGGUGGCGAGGAUUGUGUGGUGUUGGUGUCCCACGAGACUGGCAAAUGGAACGAUGUGCCGUGUAACUACAAACUUCCAUACGUCUGCAAAAAAGAUACAGUGCUGUGUGGGCCGCCCCCUCUGGUGGAAAACGCCUCCCCCAUCGGAAAGAAGAAGGAGAGGUACAGCGUGCACUCGACCGUCCGAUACCAGUGCGCAGAAGGCUUCCUCCAAAGACAUUUGCCCACCAUCAAAUGUCACGUCAACGGCCUGUGGGAGAACCCCAAAGUCCUCUGCACAAAACACGGUCCCACAGAACUCGGCGGCACCAUCGUCACCACCGCCAGCGCCGGCAGCACCACCAUCGCAAAUCGCGCAAGGACCGGAGGAAACACCAGAAGCAGCGUCCAAAGCUGGACUGGGCAGAGGAUGGCAGCAACUACUUUUAACCUCUGACCCCAAUGGAAGCACAAGCUUUGA